AUGGAAUUGGAUGUGGAGGAGGAAAUAUGGAAGUAUUUGUGUCCACUGUCCAGUGAAAUGCUGAGUAGAGAAAAUGAGUAUUUUCAGAAGGCAGAUGGCUUGUGCAAUCAAAAGCAAUGGCUGCAGCAAGGUUACAAGGGUGCUAUUCUGUGGCCCCUAUUUCCCUGCUUCCACGAGGUAGACGAAGUGGGCCUUGAGCAGGUACCUGAUGUUAUCCAAAACUAUCAUAUAUGUGCUGUGAAGAAUCGACGCAUAGAUUCAGAUAUCAUUGCCAAGGCAACCCAGAUGAAGAUUAUUAUGCAGUAUGGUGUUGGGUUAGAAGGUGUUGAUGUAAAUGCUGCUACAGAACACAAAAUCAAAGUUGCAAGAAUACCUGGGAGUAUGACAGGAAAUGCAGUCUCUUGUGCAGAGAUGGCAAUCUAUCUUACCCUUGGUGUUCUGCGGAAGCAAAAGUUGAUGGAUGCUGCUGUGCAUCAGAAGGGCCUGGGAAGUCCAACAGGAAGAACAAUAUUAGGCAAAACAGUCCUUAUCCUAGGAUUUGGGGCCAUUGGUGUGGAAAUUGCCAAGAGGCUAAAACCAUUUGAUGUUGACGGGCUUGUAGAUCAAAAAGGUGGACCAGAAGAUAUCUAUGAACUUGCUGGAGAAGCUGACAUAGUCAUAACAUGCUUGCUACAAACCAAUGAAACAGUUGGAAUUGUUGAUGAUAUGUUCCUCUCAGCGAUGAAAAGGGGUUCGUGUCUGGUCAAUAUUGCUAGAGGAGGCCUUUUGGACUACAAGGCUGUCUUCAAUCACCUUGAGUCAGAGCCAUUUGAUCCAGAGGACCCCAUUCUGAAAUUCUCAAAUGUUAUUAUAACACCACAUGUUGCUGGAGUCACCGAAUACUCCUACCGAACUAUGGCAAAGGUUGUUGGUGAUGUCGCUCUCCAGCAUCAUUCAGGGGAAACAUUCACCGGAAUAGAAUUUGUGAAUUAG